AUGGCAUACAAUAAUGUUUUCCUAGCAGUGAGUUUCCUCUUUAUUUGCUUCAAUUUGUCGGCGGCUCAAAUGGUUCCGGCCAUGUUCGUAUUCGGAGACUCCAUAGUAGAUGUGGGCAACAACAAUUACCUACAGCUCUCCUUCGCCAAGGCAAAUCUCCCUCACUAUGGCAUCGACUUUCCGACCAAAAAACUCACCGGAAGGUUUACCAACGGCAUGAAUCCUGCAGAUUUUCUUGCUGAGAAAGUGGGCUUGCCAACUUCACCGCCAUAUUUAUCUCUGUUGAGCGAUUCCGACAAUAAUAACGUGUCGUUCCUAACCGGCGUUAGCUUCGCCUCCGGCGGUGCUAGAAUAUUGGAUGACACUGACCCAUUUGUUUUCCAGUCAAUACAUUUGACACAACAAGUGGACUACUUCUCGAGAGUGCAUGAAGAGCUGCAGAAACAGGUGGGAUCCUCUGGUGCAGAGAAGCUUCUGUCCAAAUCAAUCUUCGCAAUUGUGAUUGGAGGCAACGACAUCCUGGCCUACUCCAGGUCCUCUAAUCUCCGCAACAAGACUACCCCGCAGCAGUAUGUGGCCUCCAUGGUUCUCACACUGAAAGCAAAAUUAAAGUAUUUAUACAAUCUUGGUGCACGCAAAUUUGUUAUUGUUGGGAUAGGGGCACUGGGAUGCUGCCCCUCAAGAAGGAGUAACGUCAAAAAUGAAGAAUGCAAUGAAGAAAUAAAUUACUGGUGUGUUAAGUCCAAUGAAGGCUUUGUAUCAAUGUUGCAGGAAUUGAAGUCAGAUCUCCAAGAUAUAUACUACUCCUACUUUGAUACUUAUACAGUGUUGCUCAACGUCAUCCAGAAACCGGCUGAUUAUGGAUUUGUAGAGGUUAAAGCUGCAUGUUGUGGGCUGGGGACUCUUAAUUCCGACAUAUUUUGCCUGCCGAUUGCAGCCUAUUGCUCCAACAGAAGCGACUACAUCUUCUUUGAUCGAGUCCAUCCCACAGAGGCAUCUUAUCGCAUCUUUGCAGAUCACAUUUUUGAUGGUCCUUUACAGUACACAUUUCCGAUGAAUAUGAGGCAGCUUGCAGCUCUUUAAGCUCGGCAAUAAAAUCUGAAUUCUUCAUAUGAUAGAGAAUAUCAAUAACAUGUUAUCAAAACACGCACACUUCGGGAUGGUGGUUGAGUUCUUUGCAACCCAGCUCCAACCCGGGGAGGUGGUUCA